AUGGAUGAUUACGCUAACAGAGUCAACCUGUUCAGAGACAAGUACAAGUUGCCCAUCUACACGCUACGACUUCCGGGUUCACGUCUCUACGUCAUCAACGACACAGGUCUCAUUCCUGUUUUGCAGAGACAAAUCCGAACUUUAUCAAUUUCUCCAAUCAUCGUCAGAAUCUUUUCUCAUUUUAUGGGUAUCAGUGAACCGGCCCUUGAUAUUAUGGGUCGAGAUCCCAUCGAGGAUUCUGGAUUUGUGCAUCAAAUGACUAUAGGGACUACCAAAGGUCUGGCCCCGGGACCUAACCUUGAUGACCUCAAUGCCAAGGCCGUGAAUAUUCUCAACGCAUCCCUGGAGCACACCCCAACCAGGGUCAAGAUGUUUCAAUGGGCAUCCCAUGAGAUAAUGAUGGCCACGACAAAUGCUGUCUACGGUCCUCGAAACCCAUUUAAGGACCCUGCUGUACGAGCAGCCUACUACAAGCUGGAUGGUGGCCUUUUGACUCUAGUCACUGGGUUUCUGCCGUCACUGGUUGCCAGAGAGGCCCUGAAAGCUCGUAGAAUAAUAACCGAGGCUUUCGUCAAGUACUUUGCUGAAAACAGCCUUGAAGAAGCAUCAGUAUAUGCACGAAAUAGAUACCAAUACCCUUCUUCGCUUGGUGUUCCUGUGGAAGAUAUCGCAAAGAUGGAAACAGGAGGCUCAAUCGGUUUAAUCAGCAACACGAUGCCAGCAACUUUUUGGACUCUAUAUCAUAUUUUCUCGGACCCAGCCGUACUCGAAGACUGCCACGAAGAGGUGAAAAAGGCCGUUCGAGAGAGGGGUGGUGAAAACUAUCUCGAUCUAGCUUAUGUUAAAAGCUGCUGUCCUCUCCUGGUCUCGACAAUGCAAGAAGCCUUCCGUGUCCACAGCAUAGGCAUGUCGGUCAGGGCAGUCGUAGAGGAUCACCUCCUGGGCGGGGAAUAUCUUCUGAAAAAGGGAUCUACCGUCCUAAUACCGAGCACUGUGCAGCACAACUCGUCUACCGCUUGGGGAAAGAACGCGAACGAUUUCUACCACAAGCGAUUCCUGAAAAAGCCCAAAACCAAGCAUAACCCAGUGGCAUUUCGUGCUUUUGGAGGCGGAUCAACACUGUGUCCCGGCCGUCAUUUUGCUACCACUGAGAUUCUCGCAUUUGCAAGUAUCAUUCUCUUGCGAUUCGAUAUCAAACCCGUCAAAGGUCCAUGGGACACUAAGCUGUAUAAAGAAACAAAUGCCGCAUUUCGCAUCCCCAAUCACGAUAUUGAUGUGGAGCUUUUUCUGAGGGAUUGCAGAAAGUGGCAUAUAAUUUUCUCAGAACCCGGAAAGCCCAUGGAAAUCUCGACAGAGGAUAUUCCCUCAACUUCCAAAGAAGCAUAA